CACCCGCCCAGUGGCUGUGUUUGUUUGUAAGCGUGGGCUGGCUGUCAUAGCCUACUGUAGACAACUCACUUUUAAAACAACCCACGGUUAAAAUUAACUUUAAAAGAAGACGUCUCUUAUUUACCAACCAUGGAGGACACGCUACGGAUCAUUAAAGUGGAGGAGGACUGUGACAAUUGUCUGCUCUGUGAGGACGGGGUAGUUGUGUUUUCUGCAGGUGCUUUGGAUUGCAAGGUUGAGACCGACUCAAUCGGUUGGUCAUCAUCAUUUGCCUCCUCUAAUGGGACAUUGUCAACAACAGAAGCAAAGGUCUUCAAAGAAGAGAACUGUGAAUCGUUACUUUUCCCGAUGCCCAUCAAAUGCGACAUUGAAGAGACAACCUUGAAGGCCGAAGACUACCUGGAAGAAAGUGGUGAUGGUGCUCUGAAAAUAGAUGGAGCUGACCCCCUUUGCACAGAGCAGACCUCCUCAUCUGCAGGCAUCAAAGCUGAACUGCAGCAGGGUCAAGAUGGAUCAGCCGUGGCUCCUGUCCUGAGCUCUGAGAUGAAUUAUCCUCAUCCAGAUCUAGUGUCACGGUACCAGCUAAAGAGGUUAUCAGUGCGACUGGUAGACUGCUGUACAAAACGAGGUCAAGAAGGAACAAAUGGCAAGAAAAACGAAGAUGGGGAGAAACUUGAACCUGGUCAGUACGUCAAUGCCAGAAGCAGUUUGACAGCAUACCAGCUCAUCCACAGAGGAGAGAGGCCCCAUGUCUGCGAACACUGUGGCAAAAGCUUUUCACUGCCAGGAAAGCUCAAACGACACCAACGCAUUCACACGGGAGAGAGGCCUUAUGCCUGCGAGAUUUGUGUCUUGUGUGGUGAGCGCUUCCAUGCCAGGACAAGUCUGACAGCACACCAGCUCACCUGCAGAGGAAAGAAGUCCUACAUCUGCCAACACUGUGACAAAAGCUUUUCAGACGCAACAAAGCUCAGAGUGCACAACCGCAUCCAUACAGGAGAGAGGCCCUAUGCCUGCCAGCAAUGUGGCGACUGCUUCAAUGCCGGGACAAGUCUGACAGCGCACCAGCUCAUCCACACAGGAAAGAAGUCCUACGUCUGCCAACACUGUGGCAAAAACCUUUCAAGUGCAACAAAGCUCAGAGCGCACCAACGCGUUCACACAGGAGAGAGGGCCUAUGCUUGCCAACAUUGUGACAAAAGCUUUUCAAGCGCAACAAAACUCAAAGUGCACAACCGCGUUCACACAGGAGAGAGACCCUAUGCCUGCUACCAGUGUGGGAAAUGUUUUACAGAGGCAGGAACUCUCAAAAAACACCAACACAUCCACACAGGAGAGAGGCCCUAUGCCUGCCAGCAUUGUGACAAAUGUUUUUCAUGGGCAAUGAAUCUCAAACGACACCAACGUAUUCACACUGGAGAUAAGUCCUUUGUUUGCCAUCAGUGUAGCAAGCGUUUUUCACGGGCAGAACAUCUCAAAGUACACCAACACGUUCACACAGGAGAGAGGCCCCAUGUCUGCCAGCAUUGUGGUAAACGUUUUUCACAGACAGGGGAUCUCAAAAAACAUCAACGCAUUCACACUAGAGAGAGGCCCUAUGUCUGCCACCAGUGUGGUAAAAGUUUUUCAGACGUGGGUAGGCUCAAAGUUCACAACCGCAUUCACACAGGCGAGAGGCCCUAUGUCUGCCAGCAGUGUGACAAAAGUUUUUCACAGGCAGCGGACCUCAAACGACACCAACGCAUUCACACAGGAGAGAGGCCCUAUGUCUGCCACCAGUGUGGUAAGCGUUGUUCACAGGCGGGGGAUCUCAAAAAGCACCAACGCAUUCACACUGGAGAGAGGCCCUAUGUCUGAAAGAGAUCUGAAAGUACCCCCGACACAUUCACACAGGAGAGGGAAACUACGUUUGCCAACAGUUUGGCAAAUGUUUUUCACAGCCACCAAGUCUCAGACAACACCAAUGCGUUCACACCGGAGAACAGCCCUACCACUGCCAACAGUUAACGUUCUUCAGUGCCAGGAGACCUCAAAUUACACCAAUGCAUGUAUGUAAACAUGUUUGAUACCCUUGAUACUGGGUUGGCUUUACAGGCAAAGUGAUCAACUGGUUAAAAUCAUACUUCCAACAAAUAAGUUUUUUUGUCGCCAUUGGAAGACAUACCUCAUCACUGAUGUCUCUGAAUUGUGGGGUCCCCCAGGGCUCCAUUCUGGGACCACUACUGUUCAGUCUGUAUAUGUUGCCACUGGGUCCAGUCUUUCCUAAUCCAACAAGGCCAGUGGUUUAUAGCUUUUGAUGAGCCGGUAUGGUGAGAGCUUUGCGACCCCAUAGCCUGUCAGUGUGUAGGCGCUUUGUGGGCGCGGAAUAUGUAUAUCUUGAAAAAUGGCCGCCCUAUUGAAUUUUUGCGUGGCCAGCGCUUUUUUUCUAAAAAGUGACCCUUAGAGAGUAUCUGUUCCAAAUUUCAUGCUUUUAUACCAAAGGGAACGAUUAUGUUACUAAUCUGCUCUACUAAUUAGUAUAUAUUACUGUUACUGUAGGCCUACUGUUUUCUAUAUUACUAGUGUUUUGCUUAUUUUAUAUGCAGCACCCAAUCCCAUCUUAUGUUUCUAAAACCUACUUAGUGGUGUGCAGGGGUGGAUUAAUGCACGGGCCUACCGGGCAAAGGCCCAGGGGGCCAGAGGCCCCAAGGGGCCAGGCCAACUUGGCCCUUUGGCCACGACCCAAACCAGCCUUCAAAACCACCUUUGUAAUAAUAAUCUUUCCAAGGUGCUUCAUGUGCCAGACAAUAUUCAAUGAACUGGUAUAGUCCCAUAUGCCAAGCCAGGUCCGGGGCCCAAGGGGGCCAGAGGCUCCAAGGGGCCAGGCCAACUUGGCCCCGCAGCCACGACCCAAACCGCCCUUCAAAACCACCUUCGCAAUUAUAAUCUUUGCAAGUUGUGUCUUCCAGUACGCCGUCCCUGUCGUCUUUAUUUGGUGAGAUGAAUAUAUCCCUGCUGUCAACGUUAUGGACAGCAACGGUUUAAACGGUUAAAAUGAGCCAGUCAUAUUUCAAGAGCAAGAGAAAACGCUUGCACUGCUCAGGUUGUUUGAGACAGCAGACUAUUUUAUUCCGGGUGUAACAUAUGCAGUCUUGUCUUUGUGGACACUCAAAAACAUUCUUGUGCUAAUUAUAAAUGUACGGUACAUUAUACAAAUAUUAAGGCAUAUAUUACUAUAAAUAAUUUAAAUAUUUGCAUCUACUUCUCUCUUCUUUUCCUCAAGACCUCCUCUCUCUUUACAGGAUCAAUUUCUCCCUGUAUUUCCUUUCCUUUCUUUACUUGUCACCUCUAUCCACCUGCUACAAUUUUAAUAAAGUUGAAAAGUAAACAAAUAAACAAAUAAAAGAAAGCUGAAGCAUUUAAAUUAUAAAAAGAAGCAUGUUAUCGUGGAUUCAUAUUCAUGUAUGGAUAUUGUGGAUAUAUUGGU